CCAGGACAGCGCCGAUAUCCCACAAUGCAACACGUUCCACAGGGGUAAAGUGCGCCUGCGACCUCAGCUCUUCCUCUUUGGACCGACGUCUCCUCAGCAACAAUGGCUAAGCGCACCAAGAAGGUGGGGAUUGUGGGUAAAUAUGGCACGCGUUACGGCGCGUCACUCAGGAAGAUGGUGAAGAAGAUUGAGAUCAGCCAGCACGCCAAGUACACCUGCUCCUUCUGUGGCAAGACUAAGAUGAAGAGGAGGGCUGUUGGUAUCUGGCACUGUGGGUCCUGCAUGAAGACUGUUGCUGGAGGUGCCUGGACAUACAACACGACGUCUGCAGUCACAGUGAAGUCGGCCAUCAGGAGACUGAAGGAGCUGAAGGACCAGUAGAGGGUUACUGGAGGGACCAGACUGUUGUUUAUCCUGAGCUGGACGCUGCCUCAUCAAACAUCCACCACAAUAAAAAGCAGUCAAGAGAGGAA